GUCCCUCUCCGUCUGGCGCCGUCGGGAAAGCUCGGAGACUGGUUGGAGGGACAGGAGGCAGUUGGAAGCGCACUCGAUCUGCAACUUGUGCUUCGUUUGGCGGCCAUGAGUUCGAACGGUACACAGGUUGCAUGGUCGUUGCCGUCAGAAACAAAGGAAGCUUUCAUCGGUGGGAAGAACUGUGACAUCUUCUACCUUUCCGGGAUCCUCUCGGCGGAGGACUGUGCAAAGCUGGUGGCCAUGGCGCUUUGUUUCCAGCAGCCCACUGCCAAACGACAGCCAGCCACCGCUGUGCCGCUCCCUGGCCACUGUCGCGUGCCCGAGGCCGUGGAGACGCGAUUGAGAUCGGUGAUGGCGACAUGUACAGGAGAAGCGGCAGAAGAUGGUUCCAUGUUCGACAUGACUGACACAUCAGAGGUAGAAGCUGCACUCGUUUGGGAAGAGGCAGAGUCUCGGGGACUUCGCGGCAGUCGAUGGACUUCGGCUGGCAUUGAGGUUGCAGUCCGGCUCACUGCGUGGCUUUCUCCCACAACUGGCGGCGAGAUUGUUUUUCCUGAUGCAGGAGUUUUAUUGGACACGGACCAGGAUCUGAUGGAGAGCGAAGCUUCGGAGCGAGUGCUGCAGCCGCUGCCAGGCAGCGUGGUCGUCGUCGUCUUCAAGUCCCAGGAAGGGUGCUGUCAGCUUCGACGUCCAGCAUCCCAUGGCCAGUGGACACUGCAAAAGCUUUGGAAGCACUGCUCGAAAGGAAAAGGUAGUGAUUUUGGUAGAUGGCCGGUUGCUUCCCGUGACAGCAGGUCACUGGGCAGUCGGAAACCCCCUAAUGGCACAGAUAUUGCGCCAGCAGUACUUGGGCCUCUUCCUCUUGCUGCUUGUUGCUUGCUUGGCCCCGGGCGCAGAGGCUGCAAUCACCUGCGUGAAGAUAAAGCGCUGGAUUGA